GCUGGGGGUGGAGACACCCGCAGCCUGCUGUCUAACACCGAGAACACAGCUAUAAAACCUCUCCCUCUGCCGUCAUUUCCAGCGACAGGACAGACUCUGGAUCUUUAAUAUUCCAUCAUGUGUAAAGGACUUGCAGCACUUCCUGCAACAUGCUUGAAAAGUGCCAAAGACAUCAAGCACAAAAUAAGCUUCUUGCUGCAGAAGCCUGAACACCAAGCAGCAGAUCAGAAGCAGACGAAAGAGAAGACUGCAGCCGCCGCUGCUGCUAAGAGGGUGCCUACUGCAGCCGAGGUGGAGAAAUGGAAGGAGUCUUUCAGCCACAUGAUGAGCAGUGAAAUGGGUCGCAGGGUCUUCGCCAGCUUCCUGAGGUCAGAGUUCAGCCAGGAGAACAUGGACUUCUGGCUCGCCUGUGAAGACUACAAGAAGAUGGCAGCUUCCAAACUGGCGUCCAGAGCCAAGCAGAUCUACCAGCAGUAUGUUGAAGCAGAUGCGCCUAAUGAGGUAAACUUGGACGCAGCGACCAGAGAGGAAACGAGGCAGAACGUCGAGAACGCCUGCCCGUCUUGUUUCACGGAAGCUCAGAAGAUGAUCUACACUCUGAUGGAGAAAGACUCCUACAGGCGCUUUCUCAGCUCCAAACUGCUCCAGAAUCUGAGUCAGACCCACAGCACCGCUGCUCAGGAGAGGAAGGAGGACGAGAAGAGCUGCGACCGCGCCGAGAGCAGGCAGGCGCUACCCGGCGGUGCCUAAAAGGCGAGCGAGUAGAGAAGGCUAGAAGAAGGUGCCAAAGACUGAACAUGUUUGAAGAAGGUCGACUCUGGUGAAGAUCGUCUCGUGUUUGAGUGCAGUGUUUCUAAAAUAGAACCAGUGGUUUAGAAUGUGACUUAAAAAGGUUAAUGUGACAUGUGAUCAAUAUUUCGUUUUUCCUAAUAUUGUUUUUUAUUGUUCCAAUACUCUUUUAUUAUUGUGUUGCUGUGCAUCUCUGUGUGUGACCCCCCCACUCAGCAUCUCUCACAACCCAGCCGGUCGAGGCAGAUGGCCGCCCACAUUGAGCUGGGGUCUGCUCUGUCGCCAGGUGCUUGCUUGUGAGGGUUUUGUUGGGUCUCUCUGUUCGGAAAAAAACAAAUGAAAGAGUUUGGUCAAGACCUGCUCUAUUUGAAAAACGUCAUGGGACAACCUUUGCUGUCAUUUGGCGCUAUAUGAAUAGAUUGAAUUCAAAUUUUUUUUGAUACUUUGGAGUCUUUGGUCGUUGGUUAAACGUUUUAAGUGGCUGAUGAAGGGCCACUUGUUGCAUGCACCAGAAAAAAGAUGGUAACAUUUCCCAUUUCCCCAUCAGAUGCCAUAGGUUUCUCAAAAUCACACAAGGCAGAAACUAAUUAAAUAUUUGUUAUGUCCAGAAACUGUUUAAACGUUCUCAUUACGAAGCUCAGCUUUUACUUCUGGUUUCACUACAAAACUUGACCUGCACUCCAAGUCAUGGCCAGGUAAUAUGGACAUUCACAACGGAAAACAAUAUGAAGCCACCUGCACACACACACACACACACACACACACAUCAUUUAUCAGUUUUAAAAUCGAGCAGCAGUACUUUUUACAAAUUUCCCGGCUGAAGUGUAACUGAUGAGAACGCAGACACUGAAAUGAAACAUUUAGCGAUAAAAUUAAAGGUAUUUGAGGUUGGAUUUCUUUUGUUCAUCACUUAUUUACCUGCAGUGCAUUGAGUUUAGGUCACCUGCAGCUGGAUCCAGUGUGGUUAUUGUGCCUCAUAUUGACCCAUUAGAUUGAGAUUUGCUGACGCUAACGAUCACACAGCGGAUUCGGACUCAGAUGUCUUUGUUCUCAUCUCUUCCAUAAGGAUCCUGCUGUAUAUCUCAGCGCUUAACAAAGCUGGUGUGCUGCAUCUCAACCUCACGGCAUAAUGUUGGCUUUGCCUCCUCUAGUGAGGACUUAACCAGGCUUUAAUAUUGCAGUAUUGAUUUUUUUGUUGCAGUCAUGUUGUUACCAAACAGUAGAAGAAAAAAUUGUGACUAAUUCGGUUGUUUUUGAGGAGUUAACUUGUGAGUCAAGCUGUUCUGUUCAGAUGUUUAGUACUGUCAUUUGUGCAGGGUAAUUAAUAUUGUAGUUCACUUUAAUUGAACGUAUUCUGGUGGCCUUGCAUACUAAAAAUGUAUACUGUGAUAGAAAACUUGAUACUGUAUGUAGGUAUUUAUUAAAUGAUGUAAGUGUCCUAUUUAUAUCAUAUCUAUGAAUAUUCCCAAAUAAAACAUGUCAGAUAAUCAGAA